AUGCUGAUGGUACCACCAAGUCAUCCACAAAGGGAAGUGCAUGAGUUACCAAGUGUGAGCAGCGUGAAUCAGUUGGGAGGGGUAUUUGUGAAUGGGCGCCCGCUACCCACAUGUAAGAGAAAGAAGAUAAUAGAACUGGCAUCUAAUGGUGUGCGAGCGUGUGAUAUCUCCAGGAUUUUACAGGUUUCCAAUGGAUGUGUCAGCAAAAUUCUGUGUCGAUAUUACCAGACUGGCUUUGUGGAACCCAAAGCAAUAGGCGGCAGCAAGCCACGACUGGCUACCCCCAAGGUGGUUAUGAAAAUUGCAGAAAUGAAGUUGCAAUACCCAUCGAUCUUUGCUUGGGAAAUCCGAGAGAAGCUUCUUUCUAGUGGAGUCUGUACUGAAGAUAAGAUUCCCAGUGUUUCCUCUAUAAACCGUGUCUUAAGGAACCUACCUUUGGACCUCAACUUUCCAGCUACCUCUGAAUCACUGUGUCAAGUUUCACUUGAUGAGCAAAAUGUGAAUAUUCCAUGCAAAGAGUCGUCCAAACCAGAUGCUUCUCCAAGUGGCUCUAAAACGCUACUCAGUGUCUCGCCACACAGCAGCCAGCAUCGGAACAGGACAAUAUUCACUUCUGAGCAGUCAGAGGUUCUGGAGAAAGAGUUCCUGCGAGUUCAGUAUCCAGACAUGGCAACCAGGGAGAAGUUGGCAGCAGACACACAGCUUCCUGAAGUUACCAUCAGAAUCUGGUUUUCCAACAGAAGAGCAAAAUGGAGACGUGAGGAGAAGCUCAAAAGGGACAUACACUCCGCAGGUGAUUCAGGUGUGGGUUCUCUGUGCUAG